GGUCAACAGGCAACCAACGUUAUGCAUACCAUUCAUUUCUGGUGAAUCGAUCAUCUUGAUCAUUUUAGAAGAAAAAGCUGCCUCAGUGAAGGUGGUCUGCAGAAUCUUUCACUUUCUUCAGAAGGAGUUCAACUUUUCUCGACGUGUCGUGAACGUUCUUUCCGAGUAGAUAGCUCAAAGAUCUAAAAAUUCUGCAGGCUUCGCUGUCGCUGGUGAAGUGGAGGAAAAAGGUGGUGCUGGGACAACAGGAAAGGUCUCCGGAGGACACCAUCUUCACCAGCUCUACCGGUUUGCGUCGCCGCUGAAUAAGGCGAGGACCCCGCAUCACCACCGCAAAAUGGAACUAAUAGAGGAACAGAAUGAAGUUCAUCAGGAACCUCGGCUGCACGAGGAGCCUCUUGACAAUAAGGAGUCAAGUCGACCCGCUACUGUUUAUCAGCACGAGCCAUUCGCAAGUUAAGGCAACUAUGUAUGAGGAAUAUCUCUCAAAAGGCAUCCGGUAAACCUCUCGAAGAAAAAGAACUACAUAACUGCCCUUCGGAUGCUCUACUUCACGAUCUUCACAAUGGAUUUAGAGAUAAAAAAGUGUCUAAGCAUGUACACAUCAUGUACUAGGCACUGCACCGACGCAAGAAUUUUUCCCUGGGGCGCCCCCUCCAGCACCUGAUGUUGGGCCGAUUUCGAACAUGCUGCGCGGUAGUUGCCGAGGAUUCAGCGUCCCGUCCCGAUCUCCGGGUUCUUUAUCACGCCUGCUUGCCUUCCACGGACGUCUCGGGGGACUUACUGUGAUGCGAUUACUACGG